AUGAGGCAAUUGACAUUAGAGUUUCUUCUACUUAUAAACCUUGUCCUUGGAUUUGUUAUAUCUGAGCAAUUUAGUUUCGAUUUCGAUUCACAAGAUGGUAUAGAAGCACAAACAUUAAGUUCAAGAUUCAAGAGAGCGUCCGACUCGUCCCUCCUCUGGGGACCCUAUAGAUCUUCUCUCUACUUCGGUAUAAGGCCAAGGAUACCACGUUCAUUGUUGUCGGGUUUAAUGUGGUUUCAAGUUGAUAAUUAUGGGGGAAUUGGCAAUUUACGUCAUUUUUACAAUCAAGAUGAUAAUAUGAAAAGAGCCAACUGGAUUACUUACGAUCCGAGAACGGGGGGAAGGCAGAUCUUAUCAGACAAUGAUAACCAUAUAGACAUUGUGACAGAUUUUGUUAAAAGCGAUGAUGGAUAUUCGUGGGGCGUAAGAAUACAUUCUACACCGCACCCUGGUUAUGAAAAUAUUAAAAUAUCUUUUAUUUGGUACUCUGGAUUGGAAAGUGAAGAAAAAAUCGAAGAUGGUGAAGUUAGCAAAUCGGGCCAUUUUCGUCUCAAGAAUAAAAAGAACGUCCUCGGUCAUGACUCUAACGUAACUCUCGAAGGUUUUUCCGAAGAAUUAGGGAUAUUUGAAAUGACUAUUACUGAUGGACCCAUAAAAAACCGUCAUCCUAAACUGAAGCUUAUCGACCCUGAACUUGAUCCAGCUAAAUCUCAUCAUUUCAGUUUAGUUGUACCCAAUGACAAUGUCUGGAAAGCAAAGGACAUUUUCAUGACCAUGCUUCAAGAGUCUAUUCAGCAACUUGUUGAAAAGUAUUCUGGAUUGGAAAAUAUUCCUUCAGAACAAGCUCUUAUUAUUAGAGAUCUACAAGAUUUCGAAGGUAACUUACAUUUUGUCCAAAAAGUAUACGAAGGUGAGUGUCAAUUUGAUAUUUUAUAUAACAAUGGUUUUACUCCUAAGUCUGACCACAUAACUGCAGAAACCAUUGAACUGAGAAUAAAUAAUACUAUCGUGAAAUUGAAAUCAAAAUUCAAUAAGCAUUUCCAAAUUGAACCUCCAUAUUCGAAUGACGAACAAUAUACUGACUUUGCUCAAGAAAUUAUCUCGGGCUUACUUGGAGGGUUAUCAUAUUUCUACGGAGAUCAUAUUGUCGACAGAGAGACUGUCUUUGAUGAAGAGCUGUUUGAGUCUUAUGAGCUCAAAGGUUCGCUAGAGGGUCCACACGAAUUAUUCAGCUUAGUUCCUUCACGACCCUUCUUUCCAAGGGGAUUUUUAUGGGAUGAAGGCUUUCACUUGUUGCCGCUAUUAGAAUACGAUUCAGACUUAGUAUUCGAAAUUUUGCAAUCUUGGUUCAGUUUAAUCGACGACGAAGGCUGGGUUGCGCGUGAGCAAAUUCUUGGACCCGAGCUGAGAUCUAGAGUUCCAGCGGAAUUCCAAAUCCAGAGUCCCGAAAUAGUUAACCCCCCUACAUUAAUGCUUGUUCUUACAUACCUUUUAGAUAGUACAAAAGAAAACUUUGGAGGUGUCAAUGAACCAAUCGUGGAGAGUGACUAUGGAAGCUUUAACCCCCACAAAGACUUGGGCCUGGUUAUUCUUCAAACACCUGAUUUAUUAGCUAACUACACUCAACUGAUUUACCCGAAGUUGAAACAAUAUUUCAACCGAUUCCGUGCAAGUCAACAAGGCUAUAUAGAGGAGUUUGAUAGGGGUGAUAGUAAAGAAGGAUAUCGCUGGAGGGGUCGGACUUUGACACACUGUCUUGCUAGUGGACUAGAUGACUACCCUAGAGCUUUGCCGGCUGAUAUAGCUGAGUUAAACGUGGAUUUAGUGUCCUGGAUAGGGAUCAUGACAAGAUCUAUGAAAUUGAUUUCUGGCAUCUUGGGAUAUAAAGAAGAUGUGAAAAUGUAUCUGAAGAUGGAGACUGACUUGAUUAAAGGCUUGAACAUGCAUUGGUCGAACGAGGAAGGAUCCUAUUGUGACAUGUCGGUAGACGACAACGAUGAGAACGUUCAUGUAUGCCAUAAAGGUUAUAUUUCGUUAUUUCCUUUUUUGACAAAGCUAAUACCAGCUCAAGAUACUAGCAAAAUUGAACUGAUUGUGGAUUUGAUUUUAGAUCCGAAUGGUCUCUGGUCUGAUUUUGGUAUCAGAUCGUUAUCAAAGUCAGAUAAAUACUAUAGAACAGGUGAAAACUAUUGGAGAUCUCCUAUCUGGAUUAAUAUUAAUUAUCUUGUCCUCGAUGGUUUAAAACAUUACUACGCAGCGUCGUCGCAAUAUAUGACAGACCCACUUAAGUCAAAGAUGGAAAAUGCAUAUAAACUAUUACGUCAAAACUUGGUCGAUAACAUCUUCAAACAAUGGAAAGCAACAGGUUUCGUAUGGGAGCAAUAUGACGAUGAGACUGGUUCACCAAAGGGGGCUAAAAAUUUCUUAGGCUGGUCCUCCUUGGUAGUGCUAAUUAUGUGUAUGCCGGAACACUUAAAUUUGCAACAUUUACAUCGCUCUCCAUAA